CCUUCCCCAGUGCCCUACAAAUUCUUCUCGGACCCGUCGGGCAUCAACGAGAAGCGGAAGCAGCGGCGCAUCCGCACCACGUUCACCAGCUCGCAGCUCAAGGAGCUGGAGCGCGUCUUCGCCGAGACCCACUACCCCGACAUCUACACGCGCGAGGAGCUCGCGCUCAAGAUCGACCUCACCGAGGCCCGCGUGCAGGUCUGGUUCCAGAACCGGCGCGCCAAGUUCCGCAAGCAGGAGCGCGCCGCCAACGCCAAGGGCGCCGCCGGCACCACCGGCACGAGCGCCGGCAAGAAGCCGGAGCCGCGCUCCUCGUCCGAGGACGACGAGGCCAAGGAGUCUCCGUGCAGCGCCACGCCGGACAGCACGGCCUCGCUGCCGCCCGCCGGCGGCCUGGGCAGCCCGGGGGGCAGCCUGAGCCCCAGCCCCGGCGCGGCGCCCCCGAUGCCCCCCGGCCUCCCCGCGCCGCCCCUCAAGGCGCCCGCCUGGCCCGGUGCCGCCGGUACCGGCGCCGCCGCCGAGCUGCUCAAGGCCUGGCAGCCGGCCGAGCCCGCGCCCGCGCCCGGGCCCUUCUCGGGCGUCCUCUCCUCCUUCCACCGCAAGCCCGGCGGCCUCAAGAGCAACCUCUUCUGA